AUGGCGGAACUACACUAUCAAAGUGAUCAACUUUGGGCCCAGGCUGUUGAAAACUGCGUCGUUGGAGGGAAAUUCCCUGCAUCGAUACAAAGUAUAAGAAAUGUGAAUUUCACAAACCCGGACGCGCAGAGACAUUGGACAGGAAUAAUAAAGAAAGAAUCUAUUAUAUCUUUGAGCGAUGUGUUUGGUGAAAGCACCAAUCCACCUCGGACGAAUGCAUAUGCGGAGAAGAUAAACCGGACUUUUUACGUCAAAUUUGCUCACGAAGGUGAAUCGAGAAAAAGCUUGUGCACAGGAGAUACGUUGCCGUCAACCGCUUAUGGCAAUACAACAUACACAGAUCAAACGCAAGCGCCAACAUUGAGAACAACGCCAAUAUCGCUUCCGGUACCCGAAGAAACAACAUCAUCUUUAGACAAGGACGAAGGGUCAUCCACUGGAAUAGUGGUCGGUGUGAUUAUUGCUGUGACAUUACUUGUUGUUGGAGUACUUGCAGUUAUGAUUAAGAGAAGGUACAUGCUCAGGGCUUGCUUUAAUAACGCCGCGACAGAAAAGACUACACGACAGCAAGCCACAGGAGUUUCAACUACUGUAGACCAUCAACAACGAGUUGAAUAUGUUAACACAGCAAAUAAUGAAAUGCACAUAAACGCCGGAAAAAGUAUAGAGAGUAAUAAUUACGAAAAACUGAACAGGACUACGGGUGUUGACAACUAUCUCUCAAUCCAAGAAAUAAAUUCAGACGAACACGACUCUCAAAACACAUGAAGGCAAAGAAAAUGUUAGUUCUUGGGGUUG